UUUACAGGAACUAUUGUUCGACGUCAUCGGAUUCCACUUCCAUCUCCUAAUGAAGAUCAGUUCUAUACUAUAGAUCAUUUCAAUAUCAACACUGAAGUAAUCUUUUAUUCUCGAAGAUACAAGAUUAUAGAUUGUGACCAAUUCACAAAAAAUUUCCUGAGGAAGAUGGGAUUUAAAUUAAAUCCUCCAGGAAAUUGUCCAGAUGACCCAUAUACCAAAGAGCGGCAAAAGAUCCUAGAUAGCAUGAACCCACUGCGCCCUUAUGAGCGCAUUGACACUUUGAAACAAUUCCUGGAGCACGAUGGGCAUGUUUUACGCUUUUAUUGUGUGUGGGAUGAUCCAGAAUCCCUGUUUCAUGACCCACGGGAGCUUGUUCUGCACUAUUAUUUGUCUGAUGAUACUAUUGAUAUAAAAGAAGUUAUACCAGUAAACUCAGGCCGGGAUGUAGUUCCACUUUUUCUCAGAAGAGAUAAGCUUCCAAAGUAUGCUCCAACUGGUUUGUAUCAGCCAGGCACAAUCACCAGUCGCACUGUUCUCAAUGUAUUUGGAAAUUUAGUAGGAAAUAGAGGCCGUUACAUGCUGGACAAUCGUAAGACAGGAGCAGUGCAUCAGGAAUUUUACAGAGACAGCGACCUGAAAAUAGGAGCAGUAAUUAAUGUUUGGGGAAGGCAGAUAAUGCUGUGUGAUUGUGAUGAAUUCACUAAAGAUUAUUACAGGACAAAAUACGGAAUCGAGGAUUUCACCCCAGUUCCAUAUAAAGCUCCACCACCUCCAAAAGCAGAAAAACCUAUUCCACCAUAUACUGGAUUUGGUUCUGAAGAGGAUUCUCUGUGCUCCUGCAUGAGUUUGCUUCUCAAACCUCCCCAGAAAGAUUUCAAGAAAUUCAUGGAAAAAGACAGAUGUGGUCUUGAAAGUAACACAUUGCGCUUUCUUGCAAAACUUGUUACUGAUAGUCCUAUUGACAAGGAUCGGAAAUUCAUCAUUUGUUACUUCCUGAGUGAUGAUACAAUUUCUGUUUUUGAACAUACACAGCGGAACACAGGUAAGAUAUAG